UAUGGUGAGAGGCGGGACAUCGGGAUUUCAGUAUGCCGUACACUUCUGUAUAAAGCGAGAUAUCUGAUCGGAUCGUGUCUAAACACAUGUAAACACGUCUUGCAAUGUAUUUGUAAACAUGAUCCAAGCGACGAUCUAAAAGGAAUAUUGCAACCCUUCAAAAUGAAGGGUCUUUUCCUCGUGGAGCCUGUGGUUGCACUGUAUGCUUUCUCCAGUUUUCUCAUCUAUCCUCUUGUGCAGCAGUAUGUGUACCGGAGGCUUUGGCAGGAGCUCACAAACACCACCUAUCCCAUCUCUGACAACACUUCCAGAUGUGCGGAGAACAGCAACAGCAGUAACCAUUCCAGCUACCACGAGGAGGUACAGAGGCAGGCAUCUCUCUUCUCCCUUUACACAGAGCUCUUCUCCACAAUCCCUUCUUUGGUUGUCACCUUCAUGCUUGUGGCCUAUAGUGACCUGGGAGGACGCAAGAUUACAAUCAUCAUGCCUUUGAUUGGCUCGUUGAUCUACACCUUGGCCUUCCUGACAGUGUCCUACUUUGAGCUCAACGUUUACUUGCUCAUUGGCUCCUCGCUUCUCAGUUCUCUGUUUGGCGGCUUGGGCACAUUUCUGGGGGGCUGUUUCGCCUACGUAGCAGACUUGUGUGAGGAUGGCCGUCAGAAGACUCUGCGCAUGGCUGGAGUGGACAUGAUGAUUGGCCUGUUGUCUGGGGUGGCUUCGAUAUCAUCAGGCUACUUUUUGAGAGCUGCAGGCUUUAACUGGCCUUUCCUAACCUCUGCGUUGUGUCAGUGUUUGAUUCUGCUCUAUGCAAUUUUCAUUUUAGAAGAGACUGUGAAGAAGGCUCCUACUGAUGCCAUUCUUUUAAAUGGAUCUCCUGAGCCCUCAGCCAUUAAACAGAUGAUCUAUGGGGUCUACCACAUGUUUGCUAGGACCAGCCGCAGAAGUAAAACUGUCUUGGUCCUCCUGAUACUCAUCUUCACCAGCUUCUCCUUCGCUUAUAUGGGUGGGAUCUCCUUGAUGACGCUAUAUGAGCUGAAUAAGCCACUCUGCUGGACUGAGAUUUUGAUUGGCUACGGCUCAGCAUUGUCCACCACUGUGUUCCUGACCAGUUUUGUGGGAGUGUCAGCGUUCACAUACUGUGGUGUGCCACAGCUGCUCAUUGUCCUGAUGGGAAUCCUGUCUGUCAUAUCAGGCAUGGUUCUAUUGGCGUUUGCUAAGACCACUUUACUGAUGUUUUUAGUGAGGGUGCCAAUGCUUUUGUCUAUCACGCCUUUCCCUGUUCUGCGCUCCAUGAUAUCAAAGAUCAUCUCAAAGUCUGAGCAGGGAGCCCUGUUUGCCCUUCUUUCCUUCCUGGACAGUUUAACUAGCAAUGUAUCGGUCGCAGUCUUCAACAGCGUGUAUGCUGCUACGGUGGCAUGGUACCCUGGCUUCGUCUUCCUGUUGUCGGCAGGACUCUGUGUCAUCCCUUUGUUUGUCCUAGGGGUGGUGGGUCUGAUAGGAGUGGAUGUUGCUGAAGAGGUCAAAAACCUAGAGCCUGUCUUCUCAGGGGAGGAUGAUCUUGUUGAAGAGCCGAAAGAAAGCAGUCCUCUUCUUAGCUGAGCCACAUGGACGGCCGAAACCUCACCAGCACUUUGAACUUGAAUAUUAUGUGGAUACAACCGGGAGUUUUAGGCAAGUUUUGUUUAGGAGUUUUACAUUGUUAGAUUAGAUAAAUAUCAAGAUGGUAGCAUAAAUAGGAUAUAAAGCAGGGAUGGGAUGUUAAGUGAGGUGCAUCCAAUCUAACAGGUCUUUCAUGAAACAUGGAAUACAGUAUUUUACCUCCAAAUGGCCUGACUGUGACAAACGCAUUCAAAAGGAUGUGGUUUUACUGUGUGACUUGAUUUGCCGUUUUAAAACUUCACAUUUUAGAUUUGUUACAGAGUUUGAUUUGAUUCAUAUAUGUCCUACCUUUUGUCUAUUUGUCUCUCAAUUUUAGUGCAAUGUUAGUUAAUGCCUUCAUGAAGAGCUUCACUGUCACUUGUUUACUAUAUACCUUUUCUUAUAUAAGAAAUCUUCAAUUGCAUUUUAUUAAUACAACUCACAUUAAGGAAUACAGGAACAUGUUAUUUCUUUGUGUCUACCCUUUAUUGUGCCAUAAUGUGUAAAGUGAUGGUUCGGAGUAAGUGCUGUAAUAUAACUAGUAGGAGACAAGUUAUAUUUGAGGUAAGUUUGGAGACAUUAUUU